UAUAUCAUAAUUAGUCUUUUACUCAGGGUCGGCGAAGGAGAUUUGGGCGGAAAGUUCCUCGGGGGUUGACCUGCACCGGGGGAGGGGGUCCCGGAAGAGCUUUCGAGAUUUUCGAGAAGGUGGGAGAUACGAUGUCAUCAUCUCAUUCAAUCCAUCGAGGCUGUUUCCGUCGGGAUAAGCUAAUCGGGCAGUUGAGGAGUCAAAGUUAUUAAAAUUAUUUUUGGGUUUCAAGCUGAGCAACGAGUGGCUUGGUUGUUGAUUGAGGUUAUACAAUAAGUCGCCCGGAACCACGCCAAGAUAAUAACUAGCCGGUCAUGAAGAAGAAACUACCAGUAGCUGACGGGAAGGUCGACUCCAGUGGGGCAGUAGCCGAGAAGCAGGAGAUGCCAGAGGAUGAGGCUAUCAUCAGCUUCCAGAACUCUGCCCUGAUCCUCGUCGAUAUCCAGUAUGACUUCCUAUCUCCUCAUGGUGCUCUCUCCGUCCCUUCCGCCCCGGAGAUCCUUCCGACGGCUUACGGCUUACUCGACGAAGGACUUGAAUGGAAGGCCGUCGUGGCUAGCAAGGACUUUCAUCCUCCAAGUCAUAUCUCUUUCGCUUCCACCCAUCAUGCUCAACCGUUUACUAAGCUGAGCAUCCCUAAUUCAUCAUCAUCAUCAUCAUCCGAUGAGCGUCAAGUGGAAUCAAAGACGAUCGAUCUCUGGCCAGACCAUUGUGUUCAAGGUACGCAAGGCUGUCAAUUAGAUUCUGGAAUCCAAGACCGUCUUGAUCGAUUGCGAAGUCAAGGGCGGGAAGUCAAAGUGAUCGAAAAGGGCACGGAUCCAGAAGUCGAGAAUUAUUCGGCAUUUAUGACUGAAGAUGAUGAUGAUCUCUUGAAUGAUUACUUGAGAUCGCUAGGUGUUCGUAACUUGUUCUGCAUGGGUUUGGCGGGAGAUUACUGCGUUAGUGCUACCGCCCAUUCUGCACUCCGAUUGGGUUAUCGAGUAUAUUGGAUCCGAUCUGGUAUCCGGUCGGUCUCUGGUUCAUCGGAAUCAAAUGGAAACCAUCAAGAAGCUAUCCUUGUAAACCAUCCCAAUAAUCCAAUCCAAUCCAAUCCAAUCCAACCCAAUCCAUCCAUCCAUCUAUCCAUCAUGAAUCAUCAUCAACUCAGUAACCUCACCCAGCUCAUCUCAAACGACGAACCACCUUCGACUCAAGAACUACUAUCAGUACUACACUCCCGCCAUCGAGCCGAACUACAUGACAUCCUCAUCGGCCAAUCCAUCCUACUCCACAUCAACCCACUCAAACCAACUCAAGACAUCAACGACCAAUCUGCGAGAGCCUACGAACAACAGCAACAACAGCAAUCUUCCAACCCACUCCCCCCGCACCUCUACCAACUCGCAUCCGAUGUAUCCUACUCACUCAAACGAACAGCAAAGACUCAGGCUAUCAUCUAUAGCGGUUUCUCUGGGUCGGGUAAGACCACUAGCAUGCGAUUGAUCACCAAUCAAUUCAUCAGACUCUCACAACUCAACUCACUCGGUCCAUCCUCACAAUCAUCCCAAGCACUCAAGCUGACCGAUCAGAUCCCUCAUCUCUUCACCCUCCUCAACUCGUUCACCAACGCUAAAACUCUCCUCAAUCCGAGCGCAUCCAGGUCAUCAUCUCUACUCGAACUGCACUUCGAUAACCUCUUCCAUCUGGCUGGUGCCAAACUACUCGUCUUUGGCCUCGAACGAAAUCGAUUGAGGAUCCCACUCAAAUCAUCUCACGAUCGAACCUUCGACAUCUUCUACCAACUACUCGCCGGCAUCCCUCCUGAUCAACGUACCUCACUCGCACUUCAUCCAGACCCGAGUCAUUACGACCUACUAGCCUCAUCAUCCUGCUAUCGAAUCCCCGAUCGUCCGGACGCAGAUCGAAUCGGUUUUGAUGAUCUCCAGGCAGCCCUCAAAUCACUUGGCUUCAAACCUAAACACAUCCAGAGUCUCUUCAAGCUCCUCUCUGCCAUCCUUCUACUCGGUAACAUCCAAUUCGAACUCAGUGAGUCGCGCGACUUCCAGGAUCAAUCUGCCUCCGUCAAUAAUCUCGAAACACUCGAACUUGUCUCCGAUCUACUUGGUCUCCCAUCCCAGGACCUGGCCCGAGUCCUCACCAAUCGGGUCCAGUAUAUCCGCAAGGAGACCGUCACCGUCCUCCUCAGACCGGAGGCUGCAGUUCAGCAGAGGGACGACUUCACCAAUGCACUCUACGGCGUCCUCGUUGCUUAUGUCGUCGAGACCGCCAAUCAUAAGCUCUUCCCGGGUGAUGGGUUCAUUAACGACCUCCAAGCACAAGGCGGCUCGAGUAUCCUCCAAUUCGACUCCCCAGGGCCUCAGGGCCGUUCCGAGGAAUUGGCUGACAUGCUUGGCUCCGGAAGCGACUUCCCCACCCGUCGUCAUUCCAUUAAAAAACUCGAGCGGAGUAACACCCUCCUUGGUCGGGCUAAAUCCUUCGGAGCAUCAGCUUAUGAAGAGUUUUGUAUCAACUAUCAGACCGAACUCAUCAACACCUGGUUCAACAACCAACACUUCGACCCACAGAGCUCACGAGCAGCAGCCGAUGGAAUCCAAAUCCAUCAGAUCGACUCAUCACAGGAUCUCUCUUCCUCUCGUCUAGAGAUGUUAAGAGGUGGACUCUUGGGCGGUAAGGCCGAUAGCAAACCGGGUGGGAUCAUCGGCGGAUUAGCAAAGACCUCCAACUCCCAACGCAAGGGGAAAUACAAUACAAUGGAGGAGGCUGAUAACGACGUACUCGAUGGCAUGCGUUCCCACUUUGCCUCCCACCCUAGUUUCAUCUCUCGUCCGAGUCAUUCCACUUCUCAAUCUGUCUUUGGUAUUCAACAUUGGUCCGGUCCGGUGAGCUACGAUGCCACCGGAAUCAUCCAAGCCGAUCUUGGCUUGGUGGACGUCGAAUUCGUCACUCUACUCCGAAACAGUAGCGAUAGUUUCGUCUCUCGCUUACUCUCCGGUCCAUCCCUCGCACUCGACCGACAUCCUCUCGACCCCAGCGUGCUCGUAGCCGCUCAAGUCUCCUCCAGUCCCCUCCGUCGCCCAAGUCCGAUCCUGCCCACCCAUCCUCACGUCUCCCUCGAACCUGGCUCGCCCAGAGGUACCCCACUUGACUCUACCGUCGCCCUCCUCGAUACUUCCGUCGUCCAACCCACCCUAUCCCAACUCAAUGCCACACUCUCCCAAUUUAUCUCCCACUUCAGUCAAUGUCAGGUAUGGCACGUACUCAACCUCAAACCGAACGACGAGCUCUAUGCAAACGACUGGGACCCAGUCCGAGUUGAACAUCAACUCAACUCCUUCAGAAUUCCAGAGCUGAUUGCUCGAAAGAAAGUUGACUAUCCCUUCGACUUUGAUCUCACCAUGUUUUCGAUCCGAUUUAGGCUUGAGGGAACCGAGGCCACCGAUCUUCGUCGACAACUGACGACUGGCUUGAUGCUCGAAGAAAACAAAGACUUUGCCAUCGGUCGGUCGCGAGUCUGGCUCACCCUUCAUGCCUUCCAAUCGCUGGAAGAGAGACUCUUGGCCGAGCAUCCUGCGGGUUCCCAACCCCGACCUAUCGCUGGACAUCUGGCUGGGGUGGAUAUCCCCGGAGGUAGUCCUCGUGAACUGGACAGCUGGGGAGAUCUUGGAGGAGGGGGCAGCGGAUCCUAUCAACAUCUCGUCACCAGCGGGAGCGGUAGUGGUGAAGAUCGUCCCCACUCGGGCUACGAAGCCGAGCGCAACAUCCCACAAUCACCGGGCUUUGGUGGUGAAGGCCAACUUCAUGAUCCCUCUCAUGGAGGAAGCUACCAGGAUGGACCGGCGCAGAGUCGGGUCUGGGGCUCCGAGUGGGAAUCCAAGCAGCCCGAGGAGCAAGAUAUGCUCAACAAGGAGUCCCGCUACAUGGAUGUCGGUUUGAUCAAACACAACCAGAUCGACGGGAACACUAACCGCGACGGCGCUACCGAUGACGUCCUCCUCAAGCCAGAUCAGAACCAGACCCUCGAAGAGGUUGAGUCUAGUAAGGCAAGGAUGUGGUGGGUUGUCAUCGUCUGGGCUCUCACGUUUUAUAUCCCCAACUUCUUUUUGAGUACGAUGGGGCGGAUGAAGCGCCCAGAUGUUCAAAUGGCUUGGCGUGAAAAAGUCGCGCUCUGUAUGAUCAUCUUCCUGAUGUGUGGUGCCGUUUUGUUCGUCAUCCUGGGAUUAGGCAAAAUCAUGUGUCCCAACCUGGCGAAAGCGUGGAAUCCAACCGAAUUAGGAUAUCACGCCACGGAAAGUGACUUUUACGUUGGUGUUCGAGGGCAGGUAUUUGAUCUAGGGAAGUUUUGGAAGGGACAACAUUCGGAUAUUACCGCUCAACCGGUAACGAACGGGGAUAUGUUAUCUCUGGCCGGACAGGACCUCACCAAUUAUUUCCCCGUCCCAUUGAAGUUGGCUUGUCCUAACGUUCAAUCAGAUACGGUCAAUCUCCAAUUCGAGAAUUGGACGGCCAUCGUCCCAAAUGCUGUGCACGUCUCUGGCUCUGCUCAAGUCGUUAAAUCAUCAGCUCUGGCCAACGACAAAUGGUAUUUAGAAAAAUUCUUACCAUUCAUGACCAACUUUUAUAAAGGUCCUAUCGUCUACGGCCAUAAGUUGAUCUCCGGAUUGGCCAACAAUCGAUCGAUUGGGAUCUACGAUGGCGGGGUCUACGAUUUAUCGGACUAUUUCUACACGUAUAAUACUCAGAAUCGGAACCCUCAGUUCCAGUACAUCGAUAAGUCGAUCUCCGAUCUUUUCCAACAACAACCCGGUCAGGAUAUUACGAAAGAAAUCAAUGCCCUGCCACUCAAUGACACCGAAAAGUCGGCCUCGCUAGCUUGUCUAAGGAACAUGUUUUAUCUGGGUGAUACCGACUUUAGAGAAGGUCCACAGUGCACAGUUGCGAACUACAUCCUCUUAGCAUUCACGAUCCUGAUUGCCGCGGCUGUCGUUGCGAAGUUUAUAGCGGCCUUACAACUAGGGACGAAGCGGAUGCCGGAGCUACGGGACAAGUUUGUUAUCUGUCAGGUGCCGUGUUACACGGAGGGAGAGGAGUCAUUACGCAAGACGAUCGACUCAUUGGCGACUCUAAAGUACGACGACAAACGCAAGCUGAUCUUUGUAAUCUGUGACGGGAUGAUCAUUGGUUCAGGGAACGAUCAACCUACGCCAAGGAUUGUACUCGACCUACUCGGAGUUGAUCCGUCGAUCGACCCAGAUCCGCUCCUCUUUCAAUCCGUCUCUGAAGGCUCUAAACAACUCAACUAUGGUAAAGUUUACUCUGGUCUUUAUGAGGUUGAUGGUCAUGUGGUGCCCUACGUCGUUGUCGUCAAAGUCGGUAAACCCUCCGAACGCUCUAAACCCGGUAAUCGUGGUAAACGUGACUCUCAAAUCCUUUUGAUGAGAUUCCUUAAUCGCAUCCACUUCGAUGCUCCUAUGUGUCCUCUCGAGUUAGAGAUCUGCCAUCAAAUCAAGAACGUCAUCGGCGUUGAACCUCAAUUAUACGAGUUUUUGUUCACUAUCGAUGCCGAUACUGAGGUCUAUCCCGAUGCUUUGAAUCGAUUAGUUUCUGCGGCUUCAGAUGAUGGUAGGAUUAUUGGAAUUUGUGGGGAGACAAAACUAUCCAACGAAAAAGUCUCGUGGUGGACGAUGAUUCAAGUUUACGAGUAUUAUAUCUCUCACCAUCUGUCGAAGGCAUUUGAGUCACUAUUUGGUAGUGUUACUUGUCUUCCCGGUUGUUUCACCCUCUAUCGAAUUCGGUCGGCUGAUAAGGGUAGACCAUUGGUUGUCUCUAACCUGAUCAUCGAUGAAUAUGCUGAGAUCCAUGUCGAUACUUUACAUAAGAAGAAUUUAUUCUCACUUGGAGAGGAUCGAUUCUUUACAACACUUUUGAUGAAACACUUCCCUCAUUACAAAACAAAGUUCAUUCCGGACGCAACUGCCAUGACAGCCGCACCAGAGACCUGGGCAGUCUUACUUUCACAACGACGACGAUGGAUUAAUUCGACGAUUCACAACUUGGGUGAAUUGAUGUUCUUGGAAGAUAUGUGUGGAUUCUGUUGUUUCUCGAUGCGAUUCUUUGUGAUGUUGGAUCUCGUUGGGACGAUCAUCUUACCCUCAACGACCGUCUACAUCAUCUAUCUGAUUGUCAUCGUCGCCACCAAGCAAGCCGCCAUCCCGAUCGUAUCCCUGGUAAUCAUUGCAGCAGUCUAUGGCCUCCAAGCGGUAAUCUUCCUUUUGAAACGGGAAUGGGGUCUAAUCUUCUGGCUAUUAAUCUAUCUGAUGGCCUAUCCAAUCUGGUCCUUCUUCCUACCGAUUUACUCAUUCUGGCACUUUGAUGAUUUCUCCUGGGGAAACACACGUGUGGUCGUUGGUGAAGGUAAACACAAGAAAGUCUUGGCAGAUACGGAUGAUGUCGGUUUCGAUCCAUCGAUGAUCCCCUUACGCAAGUUCAGCGACUAUCAGGCAGCAAUGUGGGAUGAGGAUGGCAAGUCGAGUCGGGCUGGAGGAGCAGCAGGUGUAGGAGGUUACGGACGUCGGCCUGAGAGUGUAGGCGGGUUCAGCAUGGCUAGCAGACCGAUGGGACCAAUGGGAAUGAUGGGCGCUGGCGGCAGUGUGAUGGGCGGAGGACUGGAAGGAGGCGGUGAUUACUAUCGCGACGGCCAUCCCCGCUCGACUAUGUAUCGGGCCAGCGGGAUGAACCUAGCCACGCCCGGCUCUUACAACCGCUCUGACUCUCGUUCGCCCUCUCAACGUGGAAGCACGAUGGCCGGGCUCAACCGACAAGCUAUGAACGACUUUGGCGGCUACCAACCUGGUCUCAACCAACACCAAUCGAUGAUCUCACUCGCUGGCAUUAGAGCCGCCCAACAGCAACAGGCGGCUAUGAGCGUUUUCAAUGGGGUCGGGGGUGCUGGCUCGGUACGCGGCUCGAUGAUGGACUUUAUGGGCGGUAAUCCUGGGACAGCCACCCCGGGUAUGUUUAUGGGUCCUGGAUAUCCUUCUAUGAUGCCUAUGGGUGGUAGUGGAGGAAAUGGAGAAAUGGAUCAUCAUGCUCGAAACAUGAGUAUGUUUGGUAUGGGAGGAGCAGGAGGAAUUAUGCCAGGUAAUCCAUCAAUGAUGAUGGGAUUAGGAGGCACACCAUCGAUGAUGAUGAUGAACAAUCCGAUGAAUGGAGUUGGUCCAGGAGGAAUGAUGGCUUAUCCGAUCGGAGCUCAGAUGACUGGAAGUGGGACUGGAACCGGACCUGCGGGUGGUCCUCCUCAACAACAAGUCAUCAACCAGCCGUUGACCCAGAACAUGAGCACUGAUCCUACUGAAGAACAAAUCAUUGAAACCCUCAAAAUCUAUCUCUCUCAACAAGAUCUGAUGAAAAUCACUAAACGCUCCGUCCGUGAGGCCCUUAAUCAUUGGUUUCCUAAUGCAAAUUUGAACGACAAAAAAGCGUUCAUCAAUGCACAAAUCGAUCAAAUUCUUGCCGGCAACAAUUAA